AACCAGUUCUCUGGGUGUUUCCGCUUGCAGUGAGAGGCCAGUGGUUUGUGCUAAAUUUGUGCACAAUGGAUUGGAGAAACCUCUCAUUUAUUGCUAUAUUGUGUUGUUUGAAGGUUCAGUGCAGUGAUGGCUACAUUGAAGCGGUUGGUGCAAGCCUAGAUGCCACGCAGGUGGGAUGGGAAAAACAGGUGGCUAUGAUGUGUGACAAAAACGGCGCAAAGUAUCACAACCAAUAUAUGGAUGAAUCAGGGCGCUGGGUCACUGAUUUAGAGCACAACAAAGGGUGUAUGAAAAGCAAGAGUGAUAUUUUGGAUUAUUGCAAGAUGGUUUAUCCAGGAUUUGACUUCCUGAACGUGGUUCAGUCAACACAUUCCCAUCUGAUCGAAGACUGGUGCAAGGUUGGUCACAAGAAGUGCCAGGGAUCAUUUUGGGUGCAGCCAUUCCAAUGUUUGCAAGGGAAUUCUGAAGCUCCAUCUCUUUCUGUGCCUGACACAUGCCUGUUCGAUCAGCUAAAGAAUGUAUCACUUUGCAAGAACUUCCAUAGCUGGAGCAAGGCAGCCAACAAAACUUGCAAGAAUCAUGGCAUGGGACUAUACAGCAUUCUGACCCAAUAUCCCUGUGGCUCAGAAGUGUUCAAUGGUGCUGAGUUUGUAUGCUGCCCAAGGGGUGACAGGAAAACCGUGAAGCCAAUGCUGACUGAUGCCGACGUGGAGCAGGAGACUCAGAGUGCUACAUCAGAACCAGAAAUGGAAGAGAGGAGCACGAGAGAUCCAUAUUACACAAAGUUUGACCCUCGCAUUGAGCAUGAUGCAUUCAAGGCAGCUGAGAGGAGAUUGGAAACGUCAUACCACAAGAAAAUCACCAAGAUUAUGAAGGAGUGGACAGAGCUUGAGGAAAGGUACCAGAAGAUCAAGUACAAAAACCCACUGAAGGCUGACAAGUUCAAACUGAAGAUGACUGAGAGAUUCAACAGGAUGAUGAAUGCCCUCAAAGAUCAGGGCUAUGCUGAGAAGCAUCAGCUGGUUAAUCUGCACCAGCAAAGGAUCAUUGCUCACAUUAAUGAGAGGAAGAAGGAUGGCAUGAAGUGUUUUGUCAAGUCACUAAAUGAGAAACCUCAGUCCACUGCUGCUGUGCGGAAGUGCCUGACCCACCUGAUCAGGGCUCUGCACAAAGACCGUCACCACACCAUCUCCCACUACAACCAUCUGCUGCUGAGCAGCGGGCUCUCUGCUGGAAACCAGAGGGAUGCCACCAUUGAGCACCUCCAGGACGUUGACCGCAUGAUCAAUGAAAGUCUCCAGAUGCUGGACCACUACCCUGACCUGAAGGAUGCUCUCCUGGUGGACAUGACGCGGCUGUCGGCCGAGCUGAGGAGCAUGCUGCCCCUGCCGGAAGAACUGCAGCCCAGAACCACUUCAACCUCCACUUCAUCCACAUCUUCGGACGAGGCCGAUGAUGCCGACGAUGAGGACUACGAUGAUGAGGAUGACGACGAUGACGAAGACUACAUCGACGCUGACGACACAGCGUCGCGUGGGGAGACACUGCCGGCCGCCUCAGACCCCAUCUGGAACUCGGAGGACGCCAACCGGAUCGACAUCGACGUGGAGGUAGAGCGGCGACCGGCGGCGCUGCCCGAACACCGCCUGGAGCCCAUCGUGGCGCACGUGCGCACCCACGAGCAUGUGCAGGGCGAGGCGACGUUCCGCGUGGUGGGCGAGGUGCCCUCGCCGAGCGGCGGCCGCGGCCUCUACCUGACGGUGGCGCUGGCCAGUCUGGCGCUGACCGUGGCACUGGUGGCGGCCGCGUGGGCGGUGCGCCGCCGCCAGCGCGCGCCGCAACGCCAGGGCUUCAUCGAAGUCGACCAGACGGUGACGCCCGAAGAACGACACCUGGCGCAGAUGCAGGUCAACGGAUACGAGAAUCCGACGUACCGCUAUUUCGAAAGCAAGUAGGCGCCGUGCGUUGGCAGUUCCCUCGUCUAGGGAGGAGGAGGGAUGAAGUCGAAGAUCCAGGUGAUCCGAAGAAGCGGAUGGCACAGCAGGAAGGAGCUGUCUCGAGCUACAGAUAGCUGCCGCGCGCGCCGUUCUGGGCGCCGCCGGAGUGUGGCUGACGUUACCGAGUUUGUGGCAGCGCCAGCAGCGGCACCACGCGCGGUCCGGCCAUCGGUGUUUUGUCCGCAGAUUCCAUGGUGCGCUUUGUGUCGUCCUUUGUCUAGCAGUCGGUGGCGGAGAGGCGAACCAGCCGCCUACGCCUGUCCGGCGCACUCAUUGUUCAUAUGUGCUUGUUUUGUGUAUACGCUUUCGAUGUAGGCGACGAUGUAGUGAGAUAGGUAUCUUUAGGCUUUAGCAGUACGAGAAGCAGCUAAUUGUGUCGUAGUUUUACGAGUUGAAUCUACCAUUUUCCAUCUCGACUAAUCACUUUCACCAAUAAGGCGUGCCAUAUCGCAGUACGCUGAUUUAUCUUUGUGUCGACUUUGUGAUUAGAUAAUUGAGAUUGAUGUCGCUGGAGUAGCGAUGCUUUAACCCAUUCGACCUUAUGUAUAAACUUUGGUAGCUAUUUUGACAUUCCUUUUGAGCGUGUCGUCUCCUGCCGAGAUCUCUGGUUGUUUGUACCGUCGCGACUCCCAAGCACCACAGAGUGCAUGCACACAUUUACUUGAGCUCUUUCUCAAAUAGUACGAGGCGCGGCGCGGUUUUGUUUCCUGUAUUGUCUAGUAUGGGGAGCUGCGAUGGCCGCCGGCUGUCAGUCACGCCUCCAGCGACGCCCGUCGCUGGGGACCGUGUCCGGCACGUCGGCACGUCGUCCCGCGCCGCACCAUGUUUCGAGUCGGUAAUAAACGAGACUGGCCCAA